AUGGGAGGAAGAUUGUCAACAAUUCAAGAUAACAGAUCACCAGUUAUUACUUCAACACCAAAUCCAACAUCUCUUCCUCCAAGCCGUUGGUCAUCAUUUUCUAAUAAAAACUUGCCAGAAACCAGGGCUUUUACCCCUUCCUCUUCUUUCGUUGGCCGUAAUGGUUGUAAUGGUGGUGUUGAUAGUGACAGUACUCUUUCUCUUAAGGCUUCCAAUAAUAAGGGUGUUAUUGCCUUCCACUCCGCCGCUAAGUGGAGGGAAUAUUUUCAAGCCUCUAAGCACUCUAACAAUCUGGUUGUGAUAUACUUUACGGCUGCAUGGUGUGGACCAUGUCGAUACAUGGAGCCAACUAUCAAAGAAUUGGCUGCUAAAUACGCUGACGUCGACUUAGUCAAGAUUGAUGUGGAUGAAUUAUUUAAUGUAUCGAGAGAAUUUGGAGUUCAGACGAUGCCAACAUUUAUUUUGAUGAAGAAUGGAAACCAGAUUAACAAGGUGGUUGGAGCAAAGAAAGAAGACCUUCAGAGGAAGGUUGAGAAACACAGGGCUUAA